AUAGAAGCUAAUGCCCCUGUUUUCUAUAAACCAAAACCAUAUUCCUUAACCCUUACAAUAAUCAAGCAACACAACAAAACUAAACUAGACCACUCUGUCUUCUUCAAUCCCUCACAACUACUUCCUUAUUACUUAAUUAAUAAUUAGUAGCUUUAUUAGAGAUAGCUUAGCUUAGCUAGCUAUAGAGAGCUUCAAAGGUAAGAAUUGAGUGGCACUAAGCUAAAUUAGUAUCAUAUCUUUACACCCUUUAAUCUCUCUCUUAAUUCUUUCUUCCUAGCUCGUAGCUAGCUUUCAACCAUCACCGAAAAAUUUGUUUCUUUGUACUUGUAUGAUGAAGAUGAUGUGAUGAAAUUCCCUUGCUAGAAAAAGGGCCAUGUCUUUGUGUGUGUUAAGUAUUGUUUUGAGCCUUGUCUUUGCUUUUCUCCUUCUUGUUUUUGCUGCACAGCUUUUCUAUUUCUUGUGGUGGAGAAACCAUACAAGAACACCACCAUCAUCAUCAUCAUCAUCCUCAGAUAUUGAAAUGGGUCAGAAGAGUAAUAAUAAUAGUGACCCGUCAAAGGGUCUCUUUCAUUAUUGGGUUUGCUGGAAGGUUCCACGAACCGUGCAUGCUACUUCAGGGAAACCAGAGUUGGGUAAUAAUAAUAAUAAUAAUAAUGGUGGAGAAGAAUUCCAAGGUGGUAGUGUGGAAUCAGAGUUGAUGAGGCUGCACAAUCUUGCAGGUCCUCCAAGGUUUCUCUUCACAAUCAAAGAGGAAACCAAAGAGGAGUUGGAAUGUGAAGAUGGAAAAUCAAGAAGCUUAAGUGAUCUUAUGUGUGCUAUAGACACACCUUGUUCUUCACCCUUCAAAUGUUCUUUGGAAUUCAACCCUCUCUUUGAAUCAUCAUCAGAAGAAGAAUCAGAGUUCAAUAGGUUUAGAUCCUCGCCACCUCCAAAGUUCAAGUUCCUGAGGGAUGCAGAGGAGAAAUUGUACAGAAGACUCGUUGAAGAAGGUAGGAGAAACACACUCUUUGGGCUCAAAGAUUCUUCUUCUCAACAUGUAACAGGUUCAUCUCAGGUUCUGCCAUUGCCAUCUUCUCCUUCAACAUUCAUACCCCUUCAAACCCCAUCAUCCAUGCUCCAUUAGUUACAUUUUUUUAAUUACCCUGCCUCUUUAUUGUGUUAAUUAAAUAGUUUUAAUGCUUUACAAAUAAAUCAUUUGCUUCCUUUA